AAUAUUAGAUAAUACCACUAGAAAACAUGCCCUAGAAAACAUUGCUUAAUAUUUAUUGAUGGGUCGAUAAUUUAAUAAUAUGUGUUGACCCUUAAAUGCAAAUAAAGAUUAAAUCAACAUAGUAUAAAUAAGAGUAAAUUGAUUGGCGGUGUUAAUAAAUCAAACGUCAUCAUGAAGUGCAUAAUUAUUGUUGCUACCGUUUUAUGCGUCUUAGCUGCCGCCAACGCAGCACCUACUAAAGAGCAAAUCGAACAUAUCAGAAAAGCUCAUGAAUAUUGUCAGAGCCAAGAAGCAACUAGAAUUGACGAAAAUGUUUUUGAAAAACGUAGGAAUGGAGAAAAAGUAGAUGACCCAAAACUGGCAAAACAUGCUCUAUGCAUGAACGUUCAAGCUGGACUUCAAAAGGAGAAUGGCGACAUAAAUGUGGACAAACUUAGAGAAAUUGUAAGUGACGGUACUAGUGACCUAAAUCUUAUAAACCCAGUCGUAGAAAAAUGCAGUAAAAAAGAAGGCGACACUGCUGAGGAUGCUGCUGUUAAUCUUAUCAAAUGUAUUUCUUCCCAUGGUCGUGGACCGCGUGAACCUGGGCAUCAUUGAAAAUUAAUUAUACAUAAAUAAAGAGAGGAAGUUGGGAUA